AUGGGAAUUCAAUACCUCACCAAACACCUCCUCCCGUAUGCCGAGAGCAUCCAACUCAAUGGGCAAACACCAGGCCUAGAAGACCCCCCGCGCGUACGAGGAGUCGUCAUCGACGGUCCAAGUCUAGUAUACCAUGUGCACCACCGCCUACUUUCAUGGAUAGACCCAAGCUGCGACAUCCUAGACGUCCAACCAAGCUGCGAUGAGGUCAGUCGCGGGGUAUGUAGCUACCUCCUCCAAUUGAACGAACUAGGUGUUGAAAUCCAUAAAAUUUGCUUCGAUGGCGCCCUCCCAACCCCAAAACGCGAAACACGCCUAAGCAGAAACGAAAAAUCCCGCAAAAGACUCGAGCUCGCACGACGCGAUCUCCCCCUCCACACAGCACCAAAGUCCCGACCCCCCAUAAACCCAAAAGCAGGCCAAAUAUGGUGCAGUCGUGGUCUACCUAGUCGAAGAAAGAAUCUGCCCGAAAACCCAUUCAUGGUCUCAACCGUCUACGAAGAUCUCAAAGGCCGCUGGAGCAAAGAAUCCAUACGCAACAAUGUCGACGAGGAUAUCACCUCUCUCAUUCAUCAAGAAGAAUAUCCCUGGGCAGAGAGGACAGUCAUGGUUCCCGGCGAAGCAGACGUGGAAUGUGCGCGUGUUGCGAAAGCAACGGGGUCGGCUGUCCUAUCCGGUGAUUCGGAUUUGAUGGUUCAUGACCUUGGGCCGGAGGGUUCUGUUGUUUUCCUUGAUUCUGUGCAGACACCUUCGGGCGUGUGGGAUGCUGUUGCGGGUGAUAUUCGCGGGUUGAGGAUUUGUCCGGCUGUUCUUGCGCGAAAGCUGGGUGUUGCUAGUAUUCAACGGUUUGCGUUUGCGUUGACGCAGAAUCCGCAUUUGAGGUUUGCGCAAAUUGUGCAGGCGGCUAAGGAUGAUGGGGGUGUUACUGAGUCUUCGGAUGUGUAUCGGAACUUUUUGAGGGAGUAUGAAGAUCAAGAUACGCAUUUGCAGCCGGCUGUUGGGGCGGGCUGUUUGGUUCAGGACUUGGAUCCUAGGGUUUCGGAGUUGGUUUGGCAGUAUCAGCUUCCUAGGAUUUAUUGUUCGGAUGGUGUGCCGCAUGUUUAUCUUGGGGUUUUGAGUGAAGAUCAUGCUAGGCAAUGUGCUUGGAGGCAUGGGAGGGAUUAUCGUGCUCUUGGGUAUUCGUUCUUCAAUCUCUCCAGGGCUGCUGAUAAUCGGUACUCAAUUGUGCGUGAGUAUGUUCGUCGCGGUGGGAGGAUUGUUGCCGAUGAGGUGGCUCUCAGUGAGGAACCGUACGUGAAGUUGGAGUUAGGGCUCCUUCGGAGUCGGCUUGAAUCUACACGAGAUACCUUCGGGCAUAGUCUGGCCACAGAGAGGUUCUGGGUCCUGUUCGCUCUUUCGGAGAUCUACCGCGAUGCGAGUACGACUCCAACUGGAAAGCAAGUAGAAAAGUUCCUUGCAAAGGGGUACAUGGGUCAGAGGACUGAUUGGGCGGAUGUUCAGCUCCUCGGUCAGAUCCAGGCUACAUUGUAUUCUCUACGGGUACUGAAGCAGCUUCUUGAUAUCGCAGCUCCUGAUGACGACUCGGUUGAAUCCAGGUCAUUACUUGCAGAGUUGCCACCGCUAUAUAUCAUGAUGUCGCGGCGGAGGAUGAUUGAGAGCUUUGCUGACAAUCGGAUCGCUAAGGAUGCGGUUCGUCGAUUGUUCACAACAUUUUUUUAA